UGCCUUUGCACAGUAACGUUGCAUAUGCCACAUCCAAAAUGGCGGCUCUCUCUGGUCGUCAAAUUUACGACCUCAUUCCCAUCCUGCACUUACUAUUGUCGCGGGCGCGGAUUUAGAAAUAGAUUGUAACUGGCUGUUUCUGUAAACUAUUUUUUUUAAUGUACGCAUAAUCGGCGCUCCGUUAUAGAUGAAAAAAAUCUAAUGACCGCAUAACUUCACGAUUUGCAUCUUGUCUGUAGUCCGUGUUGCAAUAAAUAACUUGACACCAGCUGCAAUGUGUAGUGGUGUGUCGGCCAGUGAUGAACGCUUAGCGCUUUUAACUGCCAAAGAAUCCGCAAUUUAACAAAAAAUAGGUAAAUGACGUGGCUGUUUUUGGGGAAGUUUGGCACUGACUAGAAGAUUUCGUAUUGAACAUUGUCGUGUUGAAGUGGAAAGCGAACAUGCAGAAUGACACCGCCACCCUGCGCAGACCCGAGGACGCCCUCGCUCCCAAACUGUGUUUCGGACAGUACCAGUACACUGCAGAGGAGUACCAGGCCGUUCAGAAUGCGCUACGGCAGACGCUCGGCCCUGAAUACAUCAGCACUAGAAUGGCAGGAGGUGGACAGAAGGUCUGCUACAUUGAGGGACACCGCGUGAUCAGCCUAGCUAAUGAGAUGUUUGGGUACAAUGGCUGGUCCCAUUCCAUCUCCCAGCAGACUGUAGAUUUUGUGGACCUCAUCAAUGGAAAAUUCUAUGUUGGAGUAAGUGCAUUUGUGAAGGUUCAGCUGAAGGACGGCUCAUACCAUGAGGAUGUGGGUUACGGCGUCAGUGAGGGACUGAAGUCUAAAGCCAUGUCGCUGGAAAAGGCGCGGAAGGAGGCUGUCACAGAUGGACUGAAAAGAGCCCUCAAGUGCUUUGGCAAUGUACUGGGAAACUGUAUCCUGAACAAGGAGUACCUCAUAGCAAUCAACAAAAUCCCAAAACAGCCUCCACCCCCGCUGGACCCAGCUCAGACAAAACGCGUGGACAGUGAGCCCCUGGUGGAGAAGGCGAGGUAUUGCAGCUUGGCUCUGGAAAACAAACACAGUAGCACGAGACAUGGUGCACUGGGGCAGGCCGCCACAGCGUGUACCUCAGCCUCCACAAUUCAGGGUUCGGUCAGCGCUAGAACCUCACUGUGCAAAGGCAUAAACCAGCAGGAGAUUGAAAACAUACCUGACAACUUAUCCAGGUCAGCCGCUGACAUUUCCGACGUGGCCGGUUCCUCGGACCCCAAGCACCUGAGGAAGCUGAGGCAGCAGCAGUUGCAGCAGAAGUUUCGUCAGGAGAUGGAAGCCCGGAGCAGACAAGAGGGCCAGCGUAUCACCAAAGGGGAAUUAGGCGUGUCCAGAGAGGAGACGUCACGCUUCAUCCAAGGUAGAACAAACUCCUCCGGCUCGGGCGAUUCCUGCGUCAGCCACAGUACCCCCGCAGCACCCCGUGCCACCCGUGGAGAGGAGGAGCAGCAUCUAGCUGAUGACCCUGAGCUUUGGAACUUUACCCUGGAAGGUAUGGACCUUCUAGAGGAGCCCAAAGCAGGGGAGAAGUACCAACAACCCUCCACCCCUAGUGGAGGCCACCAGAUGCUGACACGCAGCAAGACCCCCCAGAGAAUAGGCUCUCUCCGGCCUCCCGCAAGACCCCAGGAUCUAGCUGCCCGCCACCAGUACAGACCUCCCCAGCAGCACCACAGUGCCCAUUCAGCAGGGGGGGCAGAAAGUCCCUAUAGACAAGGACAUCUCUUAAAGAAACGAAAAUUGGACACCUAGUGCGGGGUUUGCAAUAAGUUUAGAUGCACCCAGAGCAUAUUUAUUUUAAUGGCUUUAUAAUCUUUGUUUUGCUUUAAAUAAAAUCACCAUUUAA